AGAGGGGCCCUCGCUGGAGCGUAAGCGAAGGAAAAAGAAAAAGGAAACGGUCCCCGUUCUUCCACUCGUUUGAACAUUCCUUCGAACAAUCAAUAUGCACUCCCUCAGACGUCUCCUCUCCUUCUCUCCAUCUCGUCUCCGCCUUCCUCCCCCCUUCUCCUCCUCCUCCCCCGCUACUUGCUUAAGUCGAGAAGUAGCAGUACUAGGACGAAGGCCUUUCUCCACCCGACCACCCUCCUCGCCUUCCGCCGCCACCGGAGACGACGAGUGGAACGACGCCUGGGAGACGGCCUGGCUCCCGGAGGACCCCUCCACCAGGGAUCGCGCCCCAUGGGAGCCCGACCCUACCUCCCCCUCCGCCGCAGCCACCAGCCUCCCCUCGGACAUCGAUGCCGAUACCAAGGCCUUCGUCGCCGAGAUGGACGAGCGAUGGAGCGAGAGGCGGGCAGCCAAGAAGCUCCAGCAGGGGGAUACCGCCUUAGAGCGGGUCGAGAAGAAUAGCAAGAAGGCCGGGGAUGAUUAUAGGGUCAGGAAGCAGAGGAUUCAUGCCGGGCUUUGGAUGAAGGAGAUCGAGAAGAUGGAGGAGGUAAAGCUGGGGGGCUCCAAUCCCAAUGAUGACAUCGACCGCCUUCUUGAUUCCUGCUCUGAGAUAUUUGACGCUGGUAACAUAGAUCUGAAUGAUUCAAAGAUUCCUAGCACUUCCGAGUUUAAGACUAAACCUGAUGGAUGGGAAACAACAUCUAGGAGCCAAGAUGGGAACAUAUGGGAAAUAUCACAGAGGGAAGAAGACAUCCUCCUGCAAGAAUUCGAGCGCCGAAUUGCUUUCUGUAAAUUCCAGAUUGCCAGCUUCAUCAAGAGUCACAUAUUUAGUCGAAGGAGGCCUGUAGAUGGUUGGAAGUACAUGAUAGAGGUAAUAGGCCCUAAUGCCAGGAGAGGGAAAGGGAGUGUCCAGAGAUUGCCUAGUCUUACCGAUCCAUCCAUCCAGCCUUACAAGGAGGAGAAGCCAGCUAUUGGGCCUAAGCUAACCUCCUUUAGUGGGAGGUAGUAGUGCAUGCCAAUUUAAUCUCAUAGUCCCAAAAGUAAGUCACCUGCCAUUUGCAAGAAAAUCCAAUCCUUUUUGUAGAUCUUAUAUUGAUGAGAACAUGAAUUAUGUGUCGAGCAACAUGUAUGGUUAUAUGAAGUAGAAACAAUUUCUGAAUGAAAAAUUUUGCAACUGCACUGGUAGCCUCCAA